GGUUGUUUUAUUUUCUUUUUCUCAUUUUUUCAUUUUAAUCUGGUUUGACUACCGUGGAGAGCCGUUGUGCGCAAGUUUCUAGAAUUUUUGUUUUCGGAAUUAUAAUUAAUACUCCAGAAUUUCCCCUUCGCCCAAAAUUCUCAAACACGCUCUUGCUUUGCCCGCUGUUCUCUCUCUCUCUCUCUAGUUCCAUCCCAACCAGCCCUUCGCAGCAGGCUCUCUCUUUGGAUAAAUCCUGAAUACUUCCAACAAACCCACAAAUCACUGGUACCGCGUAAAUCAAGGCGUUCCGGGCAGGAAUUGAACAGAUCUCCCAUUUUCAGGAUUCGCCUCUGUUCCAUUUUCAUUACUGCGUGCGGUUUGUGGUGGGGAUUAGGUACGUUUGGCCUUCCAGGUCUACAAGGACGCAAGGCCUUUUUGUAUUCAGUUCUAUCUGAAGAGUUGAAUUUCUGGCAUAUGGCUGUUCAGAAAUAAAGAAUUUCUGGCAUAUAUUCACCUAUUCAAUCAAGGGGAGAAUCUGUUUUAACAAGGUGGAUACCUCCUUUAAGUCUGCAGUCCUUCUCUGCUGGGACUAAUGCGUGGGAAAGGUAAAUCUGUUGCUCAUUCUAAAUCCAGAACUUGUUCUGGGAGGAAGACAUUGAAAAGGUGCAAGAACAAGUGGGAAGCUGAUAAUGUUGUCCUCAUUGAUGUUGAUAGUGAUGAUUUCGAUAAUGUAAUUAUUGUCGAUGUGCCCGAGUCUCUAAAGCAGAAGUUACAAGGUGGCGUGCUGCGAAAAGGGAAAAAAUGUCUAAUAGGGACUACUGUUAUCUGCAUUGAUGAUGAUGAUGAUGAUGAUUCUGACACCUCCUGUAGCGGGAGAUUUUCCCCAGCCUCAAGCGACAAUCAAAAUUCAGCGAAUGAAGUUGGUGAUGAUUGUCAAUUUGUUCCAGAAAAAUUUCCCCCGUUAAAUUUAUCAAAGAGCAAAAGGACCUAUUCUGGAAAAGUGUUCAACGGAAAUCGUUAUGGUGAUAGUUAUUCAUCUGAUAAUGAUUCUCCUGAUUGUGAGGUUAUGGAAGACUCCUUUGGAAAGCUUCGUGAACAAUGGGAAAAAGCUAACAUGAAGAAAAAAUCUGAUGUGCGCAAUGGUCAAUUUGGUAGAGGUGAUCAGGUUUCUACUUCUGAGUUGCGUAAUGGUACUCAGCACGAUGUUGAAGUAGAAAACAUCACUAACCAACCUACAGAAGCAAACGUUCCUAUUUCAAGCAAUGCCAGUUCUGACAAAGGAAAGCCGUCUGGUGAUUCCAGUUAUCGUGAUGAACCGGGUAGUAAACAAGUCAAUACUAUCAAUAGAUUUUCUCCUGAUAGAGAACAUACCCUGCAUGCAGACUAUCGUACGUCAAAUCCCAAGCCAACUGUUGACCCAGACUUUGGUUGUAGUAAAGAUAAUUUACCAGAUGAAGAGGGUUCCUACUUCAGGACCCAGCAUUCAGUUGAUAAGGAAGUUGGUGGUGGUGGCAGAGAGGAAAAUAUUGAGCAAACUCCUAGUUCCAGUUCUCAUUUUCCUAAUGAAUUCAAAAGUGGAAUUAGUAUAUCUCCGGAUAAGGAGAAAUCAGUAGAUGAAGAACCUUCAUUUCACAAUAUUAGGCAAUCGGAUGGAAGACAGAAUGUUGGCGUUAUGGAUGUUGCAGUUGGAAAUGUUCCAGGGGGAACUUACUGUGAAGAUCCACCCUUCGGAGAGCCAGAGUUAAGAGGAAAAAACGGUUGCUAUCAGGAAGAAGCACAGAACGAACGGGAAAUGCGGACAAGGGAAUUAUCUGGGGAAUUUAUGCCUGACCAUCUAUAUGAAGAACCGGAUGUUACAUUUCAUGCUCAAGAUGGUGAUGUUGUGAAUGCUGUUGACAAUUGUAUAAUUAACGAACGGGAAAAGCUUAAGGAGACCGAUGAAUACAAGCGAGCAGUAGAGGAAGAAUGGGUAUCCAGGCAGCGAGAGCUACAACUUCAAGCUGAAGAAGCACAAAAAUUGCGGCUGCUGCGGAAGAGGAUGAAAGCUGAAAGUUUGCGUUUAUUAGACAUGGAGAGAAGACAAAAGCAACGGGUGGAAGAAAUACGGGAGGUUCAAAAGCAGGAUGAAGAGAAGAUGAACUUAAAAGAACAAAUUCGUGCUGAAGUUAGGAAGGAGCUUAAACUAUUGGAAAUUAUGUGUCGAGAUAUGGCUUCGUUGUUGCGUGGCUUAGGAAUCCAAGUGGGUGGUGGGUUUCAUUCACCACCACAAGAGGUUCGGGCAGCAUACAAACUAGCUUUGUUAAGGUUUCACCCAGACAGAGCUUCUGGGUCUGACCUUCGCCAGCUGGUCGAAGCCGAGGAAAAAUUCAAGCUUAUUUCACGAAUGAAGGAGAAGUUUUUGUCAUAAUAUUUAACAUAUACGCGUCCCAGUAAAUCCACAAUAGAGUUAUGAAUCGGCCUCCCGUGCUUUAGAUUUUCUCGAAGACAAGUCAUCACUUUUUACUCAGUCCGCUCUCAGAGGAUGGAGAAAGGCCUUUUUUCCACUCGCUUUGUAGAACAAUUCGUUUUAUGUACAUCUGUUGUAAUUUAACAUGCAUAGAUGGAGCAGCGAUUUUUGAUCCCAUGGGUGUCCCCUGGUGGAGUUUUAGGCUAAAAUAAAUGCAGGUUUUGGUUGUGCCAACUGCUGCUUUCUGUAUUCGUGGUAGAUUGUGCAAGUCCAUGAUACUGCUUGUGCAUUUCUUGCUUGUUUUGAUUGUUAUUACUUUUCUGCUUCUGCGGAAGUUAUAUUUAUGGAAAAAGUUCACGUUAUAGUC